GAGCUGUCAUGUCACUGUCAGUUGGUUAAACGACAAGCGAGUUCUUUGUUUACGAACAAAUUAAAUAAAUCUCUAACAAAAAGUCUAUCCAGUGACUCAUACUGGAACUGCAGUGUAACAGAUUUUAAACGCAACUUCCCAACAAUUGUGUUAGAUGAUAUCAAGUUCAGUGACAAAGGUUUAAUUUAAGUAAUAAUAUUGGUGCGGAAUGGUGUUGAUAUUGUAAUUUAGAACGUUAGAAUGGCAUCGUCAGCAGAGGAAAGUCCGAUUAUAAACUCGGAUAUAGAAAAUGAUGUUACGAGUAGCCGUCGGAACUUGGUGGAGGCGGAACCAGUGGAAGAAACUACAGGAUGGAUCAAGUGUCGAACUGUGCUUGGUAUUAUGGGGUUCCUGGGCUUUGCCAGUGUGUAUGCCAUGAGAGUGAACCUCUCAGUGGCUAUAGUAGCUAUGGUUAACUCCACAACACCUACACCAACCAACUCUUCAUCAGAUGUUGAUGUUUGUCCUGCCAGUCCAAGCAGCAAUAGUUCUGUACCACAGAGGCCCGGAGACUUCAAUUGGACUGUACAACAACAAAGUAUUGUUUUAGGCUCAUUUUUCUAUGGAUAUGUACUUACUCAGAUUCCAGGUGGAAGAAUAGCAGAAAUGUAUGGAGGCAAACUAGUGUAUGGUUUAGGAAUAUUCUUCACUGCAGUAUUCACAAUUUUAAGUCCAAUAGCUGCAUAUACGGAUAUUUCGUUCUUCAUCGCUGUCCGUGCACUGGCUGGUUUAGCUGAAGGUGUUACUUACCCAGCGAUGCAUGCUAUGCUAGCAAGAUGGAUUCCUCCAUUAGAGAGAUCUAAGUUUGCAGCUUAUGUGUAUGCUGGUUCAAACAUUGGCACAGUGAUUACAUUACCUAUAUCAGGAUGGCUGUGCACCCUAGAGUUCGCUGGUGGAUGGCCUCUUUGUUUCUAUAUAUUUGGCGGUAUUGGAGUCGUAUGGUUUAUAUUCUGGCUGUUACUAGUUUUUGACACGCCACAGAAACAUCCCAGAAUUUGUCCGAAGGAGAUUGAGUAUAUUGUUACUACUAUUGGACCUCAGCAAGAAGAUAAACCUUCGUCAUCAAUACCUUGGCUGAAGUUCCUGACCUGUGUCCCUCUGUGGGCCAUUCUCAUCGCGCAGUGUGGCCAGGCUUGGGUGUUCUAUACCCAGUUCACGGAACUACCCUCUUAUAUGAACAAUAUACUGCACUUCGAUAUUGUAGCUAAUUCAAGACUGAGCGCCCUGCCGUACUUGACGGCGUGGUUGGGCGGUAUAUUACUGUGUAUAUUCGCUGACUGGACGCUCGCCAAAGGAUGGAUAUCCAGGCUCAACAGUAUGAAACUCUGGAACACUGUCUCGGCAUUUAUCCCCGCGUUUGGUCUGCUCGGUAUCGCGUGGGCUGGUUGCGACAGGAUCGCCGUCAUUCUGCUGCUCUGCAUCACUUCGGCCUUUGGCGGAGCUGCUUAUGCCGGUAAUCAAAUGAACCACAUCGACCUGUCGCCGCAGUUCGCGGGCACUAUGUACGGUAUAACGAACGCCGCGAGCAACAUCUGCGGGUUCAUGGCGCCCUAUGUAGUCGGACAUAUUAUAAAGGCAGAUCAGCAAACGCUGGGUCAAUGGCGUGAGGUGUUCUACUUGGCGGCGGCAAUUGAUCUGGGCACAAAUCUCUUUUACUUAUUCUUCGCGAGCACUGAGGAGCAGGAUUGGUCGCGUUCGGAGCACGACGACUUAACAGCCCCGGCGCCCGUCGAAAGCAUUCUCUUCCCCGAAUCAUAGACAAGUCACAAAAUAAAGACGCUGGCGUAGACAAUACAUGUUGCAACUAAAAACUCUUUCGUUGUAACACGGAUUCACGUUUGUAUUGUUUUUGGAAUAUAUUUUAACAAUGUUAAUUUAACUAUAAUCACCCUUUCUGUGGUUCUAAAGUUUGUUAAAAAUAGCGCAAACGUCCAUUUGACAUAUUAUUAAAAGUUAUUGCAAUAUAAAUCGACAAUAAUUUUGAGACGAAUGAUAACUAUUGUAAGCUUGAAAAAUGUAUCGGAAUUACUUGUUUUUUUAUUAGACUUAAAGUCCUGGUGACUUGUCAGAAGAUAAUAUAAUCGUUCGUUUUUUUUUAAUUAUCAAACUGGCUACAAUUAUGCCUGGUGUAUGGUUAUAGCUUCGUCUCUUAUUACGUUUUAUUCAUAAUAUAAUAUACUCAUUCAAAACAAUCACGUUCUCGCCCAGUACGAGUUUCUUUUAUCCAAACGUUACCGCGUCUAGCCCUCUGAUUGGUUGGUUCAUUGGAGCAGGCCAAUCAGAGGGCUAUACGCGGUAACAUUUCGGUCUCGUUAAACGUUAAACAAACUCGUAUUAGGCUCUCUGGCUUGAAAGUGUAACAUUAAAUAGGUGCGUAUUUGCCUAUCCUCAUACAUACAUAACUUAAGCCUAUCUCUCAUGGGGGUAAACAGGACCGUAAAUUGCUACGAAUCUUACACACCUCUUUCGCCUAUCCCAAUGAAGUAUAAAAACGUAUAAACAUACAAACACUCCUAUAACACGGUUAAAUAUUAUAUAAUAUAUUUUGUCUAUCUAAUGCCAAUGUCUAAGAUCUAACUCUAAAUAAACUAAAGAACCUGUGAUAAAAGUGACUAUUGAACAUGGUUUUAGCAUCAAAAAGGAAGGUUGUUUUUCUUUUUGGUUUAAAAAUAAAUGUGUCCCUACACUACGUGCGUUUACAAACUUAACUUGACACAUCCAGACCAGUAUCAACAAUUUGUAGAUCACACGAAAGCAUUGUUCCUUGCGGACGAUAAAAUUUGUCCCUGUGAAAAGUAUAAUUAAUCCAUUCAACAUUCCCAGUACUGUAAACUCCAAUCUAUCAUUCAAAAAUCCAGUUUUUUACUUCAGGCAAUAGGAAAACGGAAUAAUGAAACCCUGUAUUUCAUUCAGUGUUAAAAAAAAUAAUCUUUAAGUUAUUUUUGUAAUAAUUAACCUACUUGCAUAGUGACUGUAA